GUUUUAGUAAAGUGGUUAGGAAAGGAGAUUUUUUUUUACUUUUUGACCGCAGCCAAAGUACCAUUUCCUUUGAGCAGAUCUUGUUAGUUGCAGCUGAAAGAAUCCAAAAGCGGACUCAAGGCAGCUCCUGAGGGAAAUAUCUGGCUUUCAAGUUGCCAAAUUCUCCACUAUGUUCACCAGCUGUCUGUCUGCCCUUUGUUGCUGAUUGGGUAGUGUGGACACUGAGUUUAUACAGCUACUUCACUGAAAUCAGCUGCCUGCUGCUACUAUGCUACUAUUGGAACAAGCCGAGCUGGGAGUCUGAUGUGAACAUCAACAGAGAGAAGCUGGUGCAGUGUGCUGGAUCGAGUCCAGGAGCUAGUGCAUAUAAUCCCCCAGCAUGCACCAAGCACCCGCGCGUCCAGAGCCAGGUUGUUGUUGCCAUGAGGACAGUGAAGCAACAGGGGAACCGAGCUGCAGCAACGCGCUUCCUCCGGAGGUUGAAUAUUUCAGAAUGGGAGGAUGAAGCGAUCCUCUGAUGAUAUGUCUGUCUGCCUCUCUCACAUUCCAGGUUUCAUUUGGAUGUACUUUUGAGCAACAGACAGUUUGGAGGUGGACCUGAUACACCAAAAGAGAUGUACUCUGCUCUUUGAAUUCUCGUUGCUUGUAUCAACAAUUUAUCCAGAGGCCAUUUCAGAAAAAAAACACUUGCUCUCUUGUGUGUUUUUUUUACUGCAAAAUUGUGAAAACGGAGCUAGCACAAUGACAAGCCCUUCAGACUGAAGAGACGGCAGGCCACCAGAUGUUUGAAGGGAUUGGCGUCCACCGAUGGCUGUGCUGGGGAGCUCUCUUCCUGUUGGCUGAGAGGGUGUCAUUAAGUUCUGAAACUCCCUGCCGCCCACAGCCCUGCCGCUGUACCAAUAUGCUGCUGGAGGUGAACUGCUCUGACGGCCAAUUCACCACAGUGCCCGAUGGUCUCCCACAAGACACUAAACUACUAAACUUAACACAUAAUAAGAUCAAGACUUUGGUGCAUCAGCAGUUCCAGACUUUGACACGGCUUCUGGACUUGGAUUUGAGUGACAAUAUUAUGGUAAUAAUUGAAGUGGAGGCGUUUCUCGGCUUGCAAAGUCUGAUAACUCUGCGUCUCGCUCGCAACCACCUGAAGAUUAUUCCUGUAGGAGCGUUUGCUGGUUUGCCAAAACUGAAGUUGCUAGACAUAAGCGGCAAUGAGAUCCUUGUUUUUCUAGAUUUUACCUUCCGUGGCUUGGCUGCUCUGCAGUUUCUUAAAGCAGUGGGUAACGACUUUGUUUUCAUCUCUCAUCAAGCUUUCACUGGCUUAACCAGUCUGCAAGAGCUGCACCUUGACGGCUGCAACCUCACCGCUGUGCCGACAGAGGCACUCACACAGCUUGGUGGGCUGAGAAGUCUUCAUUUUCACCGACUGGGCCUCACCACGCUGCCAAACUACUCUUUCCGUCAUCUAGAGCGUCUCAAGGAACUUGUCAUUUCUCAUUGCCCCUGGCUGGAGACUCUGUCAGGAAACAGUCUUUUCGGCCUAAAUCUUACAUCCCUCACCAUUAUACACUCUAACCUCAGUGCUGUCCCGUACAUCCCUUUGCAUCAUCUUGUAUAUCUUGUAUAUCUUGACCUUUCUUUUAAUCCAAUCACCUACAUUCAUGGGAACCGGCUUGGAGACUUGCUCCGGCUCCAAGAGCUCCGUCUGGUGCGGGGAUCAUUGCUAUGCAUUGAAAUCGGAGCCUUCAGGGGCUUAGCACAUUUCAAAUUGCUUAAUGUGUCUAGAAACCUCCUCACCACACUCGAGGUGGGAGCUUUUCAUUCAGUGGACACCCUAAAAACUCUGGGACUUGAUAACAACCCACUAGCGUGCGAUUGCCGUUUGCUGUGGGUUGUGCGAAGACGACUACAUCUGGACUUUGGUGAAAAUACGCCGACUUGCACUACCUCGGUCCAGUUGCAAGGCUGGAAUUUCCUAGACUUUACUGAAGCUGAGCUCCCAGGCCUGCUCGCAUGUCAGCAGCCUCGAAUUCUGAACCGCAAACCUCAAGAAGUGAGAGUAGAUCAGGGACACACGGUGAUGUUUUAUUGCAGUGCUGAAGGUGACCCUCUGCCAUCUGUCACCUGGCUAAACCCACAGCUAAAACCUUUAUCACCCAUUGGUAGAAUACGAGCUCUCUCUAACGGCUCGCUGGAGGUUCGCUAUGCUCAACCUCAAGAUAGUGGCACUUAUCUUUGUGUGGCAUCUAAUGCGGCAGGAAAUAACAGCCUAUCUGUCAGCCUGCAUGUCCGAGGCUUUCCAUCAUCUUCUAAAAACCCCUUUCUUCUUAAUGGCUGGUUUGCCUUUCCCUCUGCCUCUCCAGGUGUAAAUGAAAAUGAGCAACUCCCAUUUGAUGUCAAGACGUUACUGAUAGCAGCAACCAUUGGAUUUCUCUCAUUUUUCAGCUCUGUGAGCAUAUGCUUCAUCUUCAUGUUUUUCUGGAGCAGGAGUAAAGGGCAAAUAAAGCACACGGCCACAAUAGCAUAUGUGCCACGAAGCACCAUGUCAAGUAGUAACGGAGGGACAGGGAACUAUAUGGAGACAGGCAGGUUCACAAUGAAACUAAUAUGAGUUAUACAAGUUUAAAACUUAUAUAUAUCCCCAUUUGGUUUGACUUGGUACAUUAAGGGCUUAUAAAUUGCAAAAUGUAACUUCUCAAUUUAAAGUAUUGAAUUUUGCAUGUUAACUUGUAUCCAACAGCGGCUGUUGAUUAAUUCAUUUAAAUGUGAGCAUGUUAGCAAGUGCUUAUGUUGCUUACAUACAGUACAUAGCACUAGUAUUGGUCCUUCAGACAUUAAGAUGAUUUAAAGUUACAUUUAGGAACAUCUAACCAAGAGAUACAUCAUUUAUGAGCUUUAUUUUUCAUGCCUCAUGUCUCUUUUAUGAGACAGAAGCUCCACUAAAACAUAGUCUGAAUGUAAAGCAACCAAAGUAAGCAAGCAUAAUGCAUGUGAUAUGUAGAGAUGUAAAUUCUUCAGUUAAUUGUUUGUUGCUUAUAUUGCCCUGGUUGAAGUUUAGGCCUAUAUAUAGAAGCAAGAACUUAGUUUAUAGGCUCGCCUGGUUGACAAAUGGUUUAUUUGUUUGUUUUGUUCAUUUGGUUUCUGAAGAACUGAUUAAAUAGUAGACUUAUUCAUUAAAAUACUCAUUAUUAACAUGAUGGAUGAUAGCUAUGAGAUAACUAGAAGAUAUAAUAGGAAUG